AUGCUCAUCCCUCCCACCUUCCCUCCCGCUUCAACAUCCCUCCCACCUUCCCUCCCACUUCAACAUCCCUCCCACCUUCCCUCCCACCUUCCCUCCCGCUUCAACAUCCCUCCCACCUUCCCUCCCCCUUCUCCCCCUCCUCCCACUCUCCCCCCUCCUCCCACUCUUCCCCCUCCUCCUCCCCGCGUCCAUCCCAGGAACCUCUCCAACAAUCUCCUAUCGGGCUCCCUCCCAGCCUCGCUCACCCUUUGCUCCUCCUUCAAGUUAUUUCGAGGCGGGCUCCCUCCCAGCCUCGCUCACCCUUUGCUCCUCCCUCCCAGCCUCGCUCAAACGUGCUCCAUCCCAUCCCCUCGCCCAAACGUCCUCCCACUCUCCCCCCUCCUCCCACUCUCCCCCCUCCUCCCACUCUCCCGCAUCCUCCUCCCCGCGUCCAUCGCAGGAACCUCUCCAACAAUUUCCUCUCGGGGUCACUUCCAGUCUCCCUCUCUCUUUGCGCCUCCAAUUACUCCCUGUAAGCUGCUCUGUCCGCUCUGCCCUCUCUGCCCGCUCUGCCCGCUCUGCCCUCUCUGCCCUCUCUACCCUCUCUACCCUCUCUACCCUCUCUACUGUCUCUACCCUCUCUACACUCUCUACCCUCUCUACCCUUUACACACUCUCUCCAUACUCUCCCUUCCCCAUGGUCCAGCCAUUUCAAUGUUAACUCAAAGUGUCUUCUGGGACGUGAGUGGCAGCUACUGCAACAACAACCCCACCACACUCAUCACCAACCCUCGUGAUGUUCUCUGUGUUGCCUCUUAUCCUCCUCCAUCCCUUCUCCCCUUGCCUCUGCCUACCUCUCUCAUCCCCAUCCGCCCUACAGGGACCAACCUAUCGCGCAACUACUUCACAGGUCCCCUCCCAUCGCUCCCCUCCGCAACAUCGGUUCUUUCACUCGACCUCUCCUCCAAAAUUUUAUUCGGCCUGGGCAACGCUUAUGACGCCUCCGUCACCCCCAUUUCCCCAUCCGAGACCGUCCCUGCCAACAUCACCAGCAACUGCCUCUCCUACCUCUCCUACCCCCCUUGCACCGACCCUAGCUACCCCCCGGACCAGCCGCAGUGA